AUGAUGUCUCGAUAUCGUAGUACAUCAUCUGAAGAUGGAAUAAUCAAUUCAAAAUGUCGUCAUUCACGAAGUGCUCAAAUAUAUAAUGAUCGAAAUUUAAUUUCUUCACGAAGAAAUUCAUUCUAUCAUCUUGCAAUGAAUGUCUAUCAAGCAUGUGAAGUAAUGAUGAUCUAUAGAAAUGAUUCACUAUCAUUAUCGGAUAAUGAUCAAAUUGUAAUUAAACAAAAACAAAAUAAUGAUGAUCGAACAAUUAUUGUUUAUAAAGGUUAUUUGAAAAAUGAAGAAAUUUCAACAAGAAAAACUAAGAGAAUUUCAUCAUCAUCAUCAUCAUCAUCAUCAUCAUUAUUAGUAGAAAAAAAAGAAAGUUCAUCAUCCCAACAAGAAAAUGUUCAAGAACGACAUGAAACCAAAAAAUCAAAUGAUUCACCAAAAGUAGAAAAUGAAGAUAAUAUCGUAAGUCAAUUUCAUCGAAAAUUAACAAAACAAACAACAAAUGAUAAUGACAAUAGUGGAAAUUUGUUUCAAUCAUUAUUAUCUAUUCUUCAAAAUGGUCUUCGUAGAAUGGAACAACAUGAACCACUACCACCACGAUAUGAAGGAAAUGUAGAAGAUUUUGUUGUUAUUUUUCUUGGUAUCAAAGAUGAAUCAAAUUUUAAUCGUUCGAUUGUUAAUUUCGUUAAAAUGUUUAAUAAUAUUGAAGAAUUAAAUUCUUUUGUUAAUACUCUUAAAUUUGAAAGAAUUAUUUUAAUUAUUAGUCUUUCAUUAGCAGAAUCUAUUAAAGAUUUGUCUCGAUUUGAUUCAGUCUAUAUUCUUUCAAAUAAUAUCACUUGGAAAAAUGAUCAUUUUAAUAUUCGUGGAAAUUUUUCAAAUCUUGAAUCGAUCUCCGACAAAAUAAAAGACGAAUGUUUAAUAGAAAAUCAAUUUUUUUCAAUUCAAUUUGUAUCAACUAAUGAAACUUCAAAGCAAUCAUUUUGUUAUUCACAAUUAUUAAAAGAAACUCUUCUUAAAAAAGAUAAUGAAAGUAAUUUAAAAAAAGAUUUUAUCGAUUUUUCUCGAUUUCAUUAUAAUAAUAAUCAUAUUGAAUUAAAUUUAAUUGAUGAAUUUGAACAAGAUUUUACAAUAAAAAAAUCAGUAUGGUGGUAUACAAGAAAUUGUUUUAUUCGGAAAAUGCUUAAUCGUGCAUUACGUACAGAAGAAAUUGAUAUUUUAUAUAAAAUGAGAUGGUUUAUACAAGAACUUAAUAAUCAAAUUAAAGAAAAUUAUUUUUCAGCAACUGUUUUUCGAAUUCAUCAUUACUCUUUUGAUCAAUUUAAAAAAUUCAAAGAACAUAACUCAAAUGAUUUACUUUCAUUUGGUACUUUUCUUGAUUGUACACUCAAUGAACCUUCUUUAAUUAAAAAUAUUGAUGGAAUGCAAACAAUUAUAUUUCGAAUUACAACAACAGUUGGGAUUGAAAUUGAACAACUUCGUUAUUCUGAUUCAAAAACAGAAGUCUUACUUCCUUUCGAUAAUGUUUAUCGCAUUGAAUCAAUCGAAGAGAAUAAUCAUGAUGAUCAUCAUUGGUGGAAUAUUAAUCUAACAAAUAUAAGCAGAGAAAAUCAGCAAUUCAAAGAAAUAAUAAAAGAAAUGCGUGAAGAAAUUGAAGGUCCUGUUGUAUUAAUUCAAUUAGGAAAACUUUUACUGUCAAAUAAUGACUAUUCUCAUGUUGAUUAUUUAGCACGUCUAUUAUUUAAUGAUGGUUCAUUAAAAAAUAAUCCAACAUUAUUAGCUUCAUUGGCUGCUGUUCAUCAUCUACUUGGUUCUGUUGAUAAUCGGCAAAAUAAUUAUCGAGCUGCUCGUCUUCAGUUCGAGCAAUCAUUAAAAAUUUUUUUAACUUUUCUUUCAGAAGAUAAUCAAAUACUUUCAGCAACAUAUAACAACAUAGGAAGUAUGUAUUAUCAAGAAGAUCAACAUGAACAAGCAAUUAUCUAUCAUCAAAAAGCUCUUCAAUGUCAAUUAAAAUCUUCAUCACCUGAUAUUGAAGCUAUAGCAACAUAUUCAGGAAAUAUUGGAGCUGUUUACCUUGAUCAAGGAAAAUAUGAUCAAGCAUUAUUACAUUAUAAACGUUCUCUUCAAAUUCUUCAACAAUCAAUACCAAGUGGAGAAUCACAAUCAAUUGCAAUGAUUUAUGAUCGCAUCGCAUCUGUAUAUUGGAGAAUGGAUAAACCUGCUGAAGCACUUCCGUUUUAUCAACAAGCACUUCAAUUAGAACUUAAAUACCUUCCAGAAAACGAUCAUAAAAUAUCCGUUUCCUAUUUUAAUUUAUCAACAGCUUAUGCAAAACUAAAUCAAUUAGACGACGCAAUUGAUUGUGCUGAGAAAUCUGUUCAACAAUUACUUAAAUCUGUACCACCAGAUCAUCCUGAAGUCAAAGAAAAUACAGAUCAGUUAGAAGGACUGAGACGAAGAAAAUGGCUUCAACAACUUUACGAAUAA